AUGGCCAAGUCGCACGGACGUCCUGAAAACUUGGCAGAAGGACUUCGAAGCAUUCGAGCAAAUACGAAUAUUCGCGUCAUUUGGGCUGACGCAAUCUGCAUCAAUCAGCAGGACCACGAAGAGAAGUCAUGGCAGCUUCAGGAAAUAGCGACGAUAUACAAGCGUGCAGCGUACGUUAUUUCAUGGCUUGGACGCGGCACUGCUGAAAGUGACUUGGCUUUCGUCGCACUGCGAAAGUUCAAUUUCGGACAUGAUCUUCUUCUCAGCAGACUUGUUGGUCAAGAGAGAGCUUGUAACAGCGUGGUCGCAGCUAUUGAAUACGCAGAAGGAAGUUGUACGGGAAUUGACAUUGCCAAAAAUCGAGAGUGGGAAGAUCUGUUUGGCGCAGUACGCUACGAAAGUGGUGAAUCUACUCUUGUCUCCAAACGCCGCUCAACCAUUUCGAACUUUGACUGGGUAUUCUGGCCUAGCCGUCCACGACAGAUGUAG